AUGGCAUUUUCAACACAUGAGCAACAGCAUCAACUAUUAUCAAACCUUCACGGAGGUGCCACGUCAGCACCGCCACCAACUCCGUCAAAUAACACCAACAACCUCCUCUCAUCUCCCGACGCCGCCGACGCACUCUCCCGCCUUCUCCACCGUCUCCCGCCUAAUCUCUCUCUCCCAAACCGCCGCUCCUCUUCAUCCGCCACGUCUCCUCCGUCUCUCUCCUUUUCUUCAUUAACUCCAAACGAACUUCUCUCUUCUGUUUCCAAACUCGGUUUUAUCCAACUCAAUGAUCACUCAGUUUCAUCUGAACUCGCCAAAUCGGCCGAGUCGGAAUCGCUUAAACUAUUCGACCUUUCUCGUGACCAGAAGGAAAUUUUCUUCCCUCAAAACUGGCCGUUAGGUUACGAAGGCGGCGCCAAUGACGACGGUGACGGAAUCUCUGAGUCGUUCCGGUUAGACUUACCGUGUUCAACCGAGUCAAACGACUUAAAACUAGAUUCAGUGAACGAGUUCGCACGCGCGCUUGAGAAGGUGGGUUUGAAUAUCAUUGAUGUGUUAACGAAGGGUUUAGGAGUUGUGAAUCCGGCUGAAGAGGACCGAACCCGGUUCAGUUCGAUUAUGUGGAUUUCGGAGGGAAAUAAACCCGGUUCAACGAGUGGGUUUUACCCGUUUAUCAUUGGGUUGCAGUAUCAGAUAAGGUGCCAGAAGCACUCUUUGUUGUCUGAUUCAAGUGGAUGGGUUUCUGUUUUGCCACACGUGGACUCCAUCUUAGUUACUGUUGGUGAUAUUGCCCAGGUUUGGAGCAAUGGAAAGCUAAAGAAAGUGAGAGGCAGACCAGUGGCAACAUUGGGAGAUGAAAAUGAUUCACGUUGCAUAACAAUGUCAUUGUUGAUAACUCUUCCUACAGAGAGCAAUGUAGCUCCACUUCUUCCCAUUGGCUUCAAAGACAAAGUUGAAGAUGAUGAAGAAGAAGAAGAGAGCAACAUUGUUGGUGAAGUCCAAAAGAGGGUAUUCAACUCCAUUGAUUUUGAGGACUAUGCUUGGAGAGUUUAUCAUGAAAAUCUCUUAUUCAAGGAUCCAUUGGAUAGGUACCGUGUGACUCAAUAG